AUGGUCUGCCUUCUCGCAAUUCUUUUAUACACAGGCCAGAGAUUAGCGGAAAAGGACCGUUUGCUCAUCACGACCUUAGAGUACAACAAGCCUAAUUACCACAUCUAUAAAGCUAAUCUUGAGCAACCAUUCCCGGUGCCUGGCCGAGGCUCUGGUAUCUACAGAACUUUGGUGAAUGUUGACGAGCCCGGCACUUAUGUAACGGUUUAUUGCUCUAUUAAAGCGCCAAUCGAUGAUUUACGAAGGUUUGUCAGUAAAGGCUUAAAAAGCUUGCCGAGCCGCGUCGAUAGAAGAUUUGAUAAUGAUGAGAAGUCGGAAAAUGAAUGCUUCAACCAUGUGAACAACCUCCAUCUUAAAUCCAAUGGAAAAGCUGCAAAAGAUGGAGCUCGAGUAAUUCAAGUACAAGAUCCAAAUCCAUUGCCUGUCUCGCAUCUCAUCAAGUCACAUCAAUGCACCAAAAGACUCUUAAUCAGUUUGGCCUAUCUAAGGAGAGUUUUGUGUGCUCAUGGGCACGGAUUCUUGACGACGUAUAGCGAUGAAAAUCUACCAACCAUAAAAUUUGAUGAGCCAGUGGAAAUAGCAGACGCAAUAUUUGACGGUCAGUUUGUUAUUCAACUGAGUAAAGACGGCAUCCAAGACGUCUUGGCAUGGAGCCAAGGCCAACUACAAAGUUUCAAGCGAUAUGAUUCAUCUAGCGACUGGAAAUUACUUACUUUCACUGGUAACGAGCCAUAUUCAGGAUGGCGCAUAACCGAGUCAAUUAAAUCCAAUAACGCGCAAGUAAGAAAAUUUAUGAAUGAAUUCGCCAAACUAGAAAAUACCAAAUCAGUUGGUUUAGAUUGUCUUAUGAUCCUGUUCGAAGCUUCCGUUAUACCCAAAUUAUGCCGCGAUUACAAACUUGAACAUUUACAAGUAAGCGUGAAUAGACUUGAUCCGAUACCAGCAGAGGGUAAUAUUGAUCGUAUUAUUAUAAGAAAACCCAUUGAAGAGGAUGAAAGAAGAUUUAUUGGACAAAUCUCAUGA